GAACAGAGCAGGUGUGGAGUUUAUCCUCGAGCUGGAAGACAGCAGAUACGAGACGAAAAACGCCGCAGCAUCCGUGAUAAGCGGCUGGCUAUAGUGAGCUUUCUGUAAAUCAUCUCCUUUUUGCUCCUUUUGAGAAAAUAUUCAGAGAACAUAUUUAGAACUACAGUGGACAUUGCCAGAGAAAUCUGCUGUUAACAGCUCAUGGCGUUAAUGAUGAACUCCUGGUGGACUGUGGCUUUGAGCGCCUGUCUCGUGCUCAUGGUUCGGGCUGAAUGCGGCAGAGACUGCGCGCUCUGCGUUUACCGGCUCCUCCGACAGACAGACAUCGACACACUGGCCUGCACAUUAGAAUGUGAAGGGUCUGUGGACUCCAGAAAAAUCGAAAUCUGUAAAAACAUCCUCACCGAAGAGGAUCGCCUUGCCAUCGACAGCCUCAAGCAAGAUGAAGAGAGUGCAAACCAUGUUCUCGCCAAGAAAUAUGGUGGCUUCAUGAAGCGUUACGGCGGCUUUAUGAUUAAAAAAGCAGCAGAAAUCGGUACAGGAGCCCCAGCUGAGAGUGACGGCACAGGGGCCAUCAGUAAGAAAUAUGGAGGCUUUAUGAAGAAGGCAGACGAUGGAGCUGAAGACCAACAGGUGGAGCUCCUGCGAGAGAUCCUCCGAGUUGGACUCUCUUCAGAGUCAGAUGAUCAGCCUGAUGGGGACAUGGUCAAACGCUAUGGGGGCUUCAUGAGGAGUGUACAGGAGAACACUGGGAGAGACCUGCACAAGAGAUAUGGUGGCUUUAUGCGAAGAGUGGGCAGGCCUGAUUGGUUGGACAACCAGAAAAGCGGUGGGCUUCUGAAACGCACUUGGGAGGAAGGAGGCGAGACGGCGCUGCCCGACAUGCAGAAGAGAUACGGAGGAUUCAUGGAUUAGAGCAAAAAACAUGGACACCCAUCUUAAAACAACCCUCUUCCUACUUUGUGUAGAGCUUGCACUGUACCAAUUUCAUGUGAAGCCAUUUUGAAUUUCUAUUUAUUUCAUUUGUUUUUGUCUUUGCUGCUAAAUAUUCCUUUAUAAUGUACAGUGUAUGUUUGUUCUAGGGUUUGUGUUUUGAAAAAAAAAAAAUUUAUCUUUGCAUUCUCUUACCAUGGAAUCACAAAUCAGACAUUUGGUAAAGACAGAGGACAAUAAUCGAACCAUUUCUGGGUCACGUCCCCACAAAUGAAAAGCACUUUUGGCGGUGUUGCUUUGUUCUCAUCUCAUCACAUUAUUAGUCCGCUUCGCUCAUUGAACAUUGUUGGUGAGGUUAAGUCUGCUGUCUGCACUUGAUGUCUUAAUGAUUAAUGCAUUUCCUUUACAAAACCUUAUACAGUUUUUGUUCCUGUUUAAAUCGAGGCAACAUUUUGAGCUAUUAGCUGUACAGAAUACAAUAAAUUCAUCUUACUGCAGAAG